AUGGCUCCCACUGCCUCAACCCGCUCCAAAAAGCGCCAGGCACAAAAAUUGCAGCCUGGGCUGUCUACGACUUUUGCCAGGGUCUCGAAAACAGUGACGGUCUCCAGAUCCGAUCGGGAGAAAAAUUUCGCGACAAAACAGCCCGGCCUCGAGAAGCUCGCCAUUGAGGAGAAGCAACGAAAAGCGCAGGAGAUCUCGCCUCCGAAAGCAUCGAAGAGCAAGAGAAAGCGAGUCGAGUCUGAGAAUGAAGAGGAAGGAGAAAGCAUUAUCGAGUAUUUCAGCUCGGCGAAACGGGCAAAGGUCCAGCUACCUACGCCGCCCAGGUCUUUGUCCGAGCGUGGAUCCUCCGAAGUUAUCAUCCCAGCUCCGGUGCAGGAGCUGCUGCAGAUCCACAAAGCUUUCGUCAAGGCUUUUGCUCUGCAUCGCGCGCACAAUGGCCCUUCGGCUCCCGCAGAGCUUGGUGUCCUGUUGGAAAGCGUCACGAGACUAUAUCAGAAGCGGGCUGUCGGUGUCCCGGACUUGCAGCGCAUUCUCGCCCUGUAUGAGUCGACCAGGAAGGAUGAGAGUACGAAUGACAGUCUGAGUUGUAGCAAGUCCCCAUUCAAGUUGCUUGUCUCAGGUCUGGGUACGAGCAGACGGCAUCUGGCUGAAUUUGUUGGCUACGAAACGCAAGUAAGGAAACAUGGUCGCCUCACCGAACAGAAGGUAUUCGACUUCAACGAGCAAGGUUUGCAGGCGCAUCUGCAGUCACAAGUGGACCAAGCUUGCUCAGAGGGCACCUUCGAUGGCCCGGUCGAGUCAUACCCUAUCCUCGCAUUUGAAGUGGGAGCCCAAACUGUCGCUCGUCAAGUCAAGGUAUCGGAGACGAAGAAACACAUUUUGGGAGGUCGCAAGCCAGAUCUCGACUUCGGCAAGCUUUCUGUCAAGGACGACUCGGAACCCGAAGCAUCCAAGCAGCAGACUAUUAAGUCGCGUACUCUCUCUCUAUUCGACCGUGUCAAGGCCAAGCAACUCGCAAACUCGGCAGUCAACGUCCCCAGCGCGGAUGCUCUCCGUCGGAAGCACGCAGUUGGCCGUAUCGCGGAAGUCGUUGAGAUUCUGCGCAUGAAGCAGCAGCAGAAGUUGAACGGGUACCGGGGUGCUGGAGUACACGGGAAGGCAUCAUUUUCGUUUCAACAGAUUGUGAAUGAGAUCAAAGCGAGCAUGAGCAUUCCUAUGGGAGAGGACGAGAUCAAGAUGUGCUUGGAGAUAUUGGGCAAGGAGGUCGAAGAUGGAUGGUGUACCAUUUUCGAGCUCGGGCUGACGAAGAGUGUGGUCUUGAUGGGACUGGGGAAGAGCGGCGUUGAGGUUGCAGCGAUGAUCAAAGUCUAA